GAUUCAGUCUACCUUUCAGAAAACAAGGAAGAAAAACAUCUCCAAAAAUCUCAGGAAAAUGAUGAUGAAUGCUGAUACAGGAGUGCAGCCAACGCUUCCACAGCCAGACUCAGAAAAACUCACUAAAGAUGUUAAUGUUCAAAAUGAGAGAGGCCAAUGGUCGAGUAAAAUGGAAUUUAUCUUGGCUGUUGCCGGGCAAAUUAUUGGUCUGGGAAAUAUGUGGAGGUUUCCAUACCUGUGUUAUAAGAAUGGAGGUGGAGUGUUCUUCAUUCCAUAUCUAGUCUUCUUAUUUGCAUGUGGUAUUCCACUGUUUUUUUUGGAGGUAUCCUUGGGUCAGUACACCAACCAGGGUGCCAUCACCAGUUGGAGGAAGAUUUGUCCUCUGUUUCAAGGGUUGGGCUUAGGAUCUCAGGUGGUUGUGUUCUAUUGCAGCAUCUACUAUGCUGUUAUUCUUGCCUGGGCAUUCUUCUAUCUCUUCUUUUCAUUUAGUUCUGAGCUGCCCUGGGCUAGUUGUAGUAAUCCCUGGAACACAGAAACUUGUGUUGAGUUUGUCAGUAUGGGUAAGAACUUCAGUACCCUGCACAAUGCAACAUCACCGGUCUUAGAGUUUUGGGAGAGAAGAGUAGUAAAUAUUACAGGUAGUAUGAAUAAGCUGGGAAAUGUAAGGUGGGAGCUGGCACUCUGUCUCCUUCUGGUCUGGAUCAUCUGCUUUUUCUGUAUCUAUAAUGGAGUGAAGUCUUCAGGCAAGGUGGUUUAUUUCACUGCUACAUUUCCUUAUCUAAUGCUGGUGGUACUGCUGGUGCGUGGACUCACGCUUCCUGGGGCAAUGGAUGGCAUAAAAUUUUACCUCUAUCCAGAUCCUUCACGUCUUUCUGACCCUCAGGUUUGGAUGGAUGCUGGAACACAGAUAUUUUUUUCUUAUGCUGUCUGUAUGGGUUGCCUUAUUUCUUUAGGAAGCUACAACAAGUACAACAACAACUGUUACAAGGACUGUGUUUACCUGUGCUUGUUGAACAGUGGGACAAGCUUCGUGGCUGGAUUUGCCAUCUUCUCUGUUUUGGGUUUCAUGGCCUAUGAACAGGAAAUAGAUAUUUCAGCAGUGGCAGAAUCAGGUCCAGGAUUGGCCUUCAUUGCCUACCCCAGAGGAGUCGCAAUGAUGCCUGUUCCACAACUAUGGGCUGUUAGUUUCUUCAUCAUGGUCAUUUUGCUGGGCUUGGACACUGAGUUUGUGGGUUUGGAAUCACUGAUAACAAGCAUAGCAGACCUCUUUCCUUCCUUCUUCAGUAUUGGUCAUCGGCGCACACUGCUUCUGCUCUUCAUCUCCAUUGUCUGCUUUCUCAUUGGUCUGGUUUUAGUAACAGAGGGCGGCUUGUAUAUUUUCCAGUUGUUUGAUUACUAUUCUUUCAGUGGGGUUACAGUUCUUAUAUUUGGCCUUCUAGAAUCAGUGUGUAUUGGGUGGGUGUAUGGUGCAGACCGCUUAUAUGAUAAUAUUAAGGACAUGAUUGGUUAUCGUCCAGUAUGCUUAAUGAAAUAUUGCUGGAAGUACAUCACUCCACUAGUCUGCAUGGGCACGUUCGUCUUCUCUCUGGUGAAGUUCACUCCACUGAAGUUUAACAAUACACUUGAAUACCCCUGGUGGGGCUACAUUUUCGGCUGGUGGUUAACUCUCUCUUCAACCCUAUUGGCUCCUCUUUGGAUGAUCUACGCUCUCCUCACCUCUAGUGGUUCGCUGAAACAGAGACUACGUGUUCUUUGCACCCCUGCAAGUGACCUUCCUUUGGACCGUAAAACAGGGAAACAUCAUGUACCUGGAAACUACAUUGGCCUCAAGCCUGUAAAGACAGAACAAGACAUCAGUGAGACACAUAUCUAGUGCUUGAUUUUGAAACUGCAUGUUUGCCUAUAACUAUUAUAAUGUUAAAGUGUAGUUUUACUCUAUUUUAAAACAGGUCUUAAGCUAAAGCUUAUAUCACAUUUAUUUAUAUAUUGUUUUCCUGCUUAGUAAGCAUUGAUUAUUCGAACAUAAACCUUGUUGGCCAGGGACCAAUCAUGCCAAGGCAAAUCAUAAGACUGAAGUGUGAAACAAAACAGACUGCUGAUUGCUUAAGUGCAACCAUCACAGAAUCACCAAAGGAGUGAGCUAGUAUAAGCACCAGAUUAAAAACAACACAACUGCAAUAGAUCUGAAGGUAGUGCUGUAAAGACCAUGGUGUAUAUUAAAGACUACAACAACUGCAACAGGGCAAACCAAAAAUGGUCCUGUUGUUACUAUUGC